AUGUUGUUCGCGGUGUUGCCCUGGAUCGUAUCUUUCCCGUCGGCGCUCGCCGCUCAGCCCUCCGCGCCCGCUCCCAUCUCCGCGCCCCUUCGAGCUCUCGAGCUCGGACAACUGAAUUUCCUUCAUACUACCGAUACCCAUGGCUGGCUGGCCGGUCAUCUAGAGGAACUGAUGCGCGUCGCAGACCUUCAUACUCGGCGGACUGGGGGGGACUAUGUUUCGUUCGCGACGCGCAUGCGGGAAAAGGUAGAGGCGCAGGGCCAAGACUUACUGGUCAUCGAUACCGGAGAUCGCGUCGAGGGCAACGGUCUCUAUGACUCGUCCGAGCCCAAAGGCAUUUAUCUCUCGGAGAUUCUCCAUCAUCAACACAUCGAUGUGAUCACAUCUGGGAACCAUGAACUUUACAAACAGAACACGUCGGAGGCCGAAUUCCUGACUACUGUUCCUAAUUUCCGGGGCAAAUACCUUGCCUCCAAUAUUGAUAUCAGACAUCCCGAAACUAACGAACUAGUCCCGCUCGCCCCGCGAUUCAAAAAGUUUACUACCAAGAACCAGGGCAUCCGCAUCGUAGCGUUCGGCUUCUUGUUUGAUUUUAACGGGAAUUAUAAUAAUACUGUGGUUCAGCCAGUGGAAAAGACUAUCAAAGAAGAUUGGUUCCAGGAGGCUGUCCGGGACGCGGAAGUCGAUCUAUUCUUAAUCGCCGGCCACGUCCCGGCGCAUUCGCCCGAAUAUCGGGCCAUAUUUGAAGAAAUUCGGGGAAUUCGCUGGGACACUCCAAUCCAAUUCUUCGGCGGCCACCAGCACAUUCGCGAUUACGCAAAAUACGAUUCCAAGGCCUUUGCUCUUGCCAGUGGCCGGUUCAUGGAGACAAUCGGUUUUGCGUCGAUUGACGGGCUUUCUACAGGUGAUCAGCCAAGUGUUGCAUCGAGCCCCGUAUUUAGGCGACGAUAUAUUGACAACAAUCUCUACUCUUUUUACCAACAUACUGGCCUAGAUGAAGAGUCCUUUCCGACUGAAAGUGGCCUCAACGUUUCUCAACUCAUUGCUGAAUCUCGGAGUGCUCUUCGACUGGAUCACGUCCAUGGCUGUGUUCCACGAACCCUUUGGACGUCCCGAGUUCCUUACCCAAACCCAGACAGUGUCUUCACGUGGCUGCAGACCAAGGUGCUGCCUGAUUCUCUUAAAGAUGAAUCUCGUGGUGAGGUCCCUUCAGUGGCCAUAUUGAAUACGGGUGCCUUGCGAUUCGACAUUCUCAAGGGCGAGUUCACGCAAGAUACCAUAUGGACUAUAUCACCAUUCACCAACAGUUUCCGCUACGUAAAGGACGUCCCUUACGAAAAGGUGCAACUGAUGAUGGAGGUCCUCAACAAGCAGCCCAAGGUUCUAGAAACGCUCGAGUCAGACUCAAAGCUCCUCCCUUUAUCACGUCCUGAAAAUCUUGCUCGAGCUACAUACUUCAAUGCUGAAGUUGUUGAAGAAGAUGAUCUGAACCCGCGGCUAGUCUAUGACAUGGCAGGGUCACACCAAGCCCAUCUCUCAGCCGAUAGCCUAGAUGAGAACAUUCUGCCGGGGUAUACGACCAAGGAUGAUGCAGGAACUGAUGGAGAUGAUACCGUUCACUCGCCCAUUGCCUUCUACGAAGUUCCCAACUGUAUCCAAACCUUGCUGUCAGCCGACAAGUCGGGAGUACCAAAGACGGUCGAUCUCAUAUACAUUGAGUUCAUCCAGCCGCACUUGGCGAUGGCUGCCAAAUUUGCCAGCCUUGAUGUCGAUUUCUUCAAGGACAGUGAGGUAUACAUGCCGUCGACGACAUUGACUGAUUUGCUUUUAGCGUGGGUGAAGAAGCACUGGAAAUGCGGGUGA